GGUCGCAUCAACUUCAACCUCUACGACAAGGAGGUCCCCAAGACCGCUGAGAACUUCCGUGCUCUCUGCACUGGCGAGAAGGGUUUCGGCUACAAGGGCUCUUCUUUCCACCGAAUCAUCCCCGACUUCAUGCUCCAGGGUGGUGACUUCACCCGUGGUAACGGCACCGGUGGUAAGUCCAUCUAUGGUGAGAAGUUCGCCGACGAGAACUUCAAGCUCACCCACGACCGCCCCGGUCUGCUGUCCAUGGCCAACGCUGGCCCCAACACCAACGGUUCUCAGUUCUUCAUCACCACUGUUGUCACCUCUUGGCUCAACGGCCGCCACGUCGUCUUCGGCGAGGUCGCUGACGAGGAGUCCAUGAACGUUGUCAAGGCUCUUGAGGCUACCGGCUCCGGCAGUGGUGCUGUCAAGUACCAGAAGCGUGCCACCAUUGUCGACUCCGGUGAGCUGUAA